AUGGAUACAAUAAAGAACUUUGCCAAUUCCUUUGCAAAUAGAGAUCAAAAUAAUAAUAAAAAUGGAAAAGUUAUUCCUUUGGAAGAAAAGGAUAAAGAACCAUUAUCUAUUAAACGUCCUUUGGUUAGGUAGUUAUAUUUGGAUUAUGUAGUAUGGCUGAUGAAUUAUAGGUCGUAGCUAAUAAAGGACUUUAAAAGUUAAUAUAAUCAGUGGAUAAUGCAAAGGCUGAUGUAAAAUAAGGUUUUACUUAAUUGGAUGAUAGGUAAUUUAAAUUAAUAAUAGAAUAGAUUAAAGCUGAUGUUGAAAUAAUAUACUCAUUAAAUCAAUGUCUGGGCAAGAUCAAAGGUUUAAUCAUCAGUAAUCAUAGUGAUUGAGAAGUUUAGACCAACAAUCAAAGAAGGUCUCAAAGAUCCUGAUAUGUGUUAGUGUGUGAAGAAUUUAGUAUUUUAGAGAGAUAAUUUAAUAGGUAGAUGAUACUGUUGAUGCAACUUGGCCUGAAAUAGUAGAUGAAGUGAAAUAUCAAUUAAUGUUAUAAAUGGCUGAUCCUUAUACAGAGAUAGAGGAAAAAAAAUAAACUAUUGUUUGUUUAUAUCCAUUUGUUUGGAUUCGGAAUUGGUAUCUAUAUUCAAAUUAUCCAUAUGAUAGAAGUGUUUGGAAAUAGUAUAAAACAAUGUAUUAAUUUAUAUUAAUCAUUUAGAUCUUAUUGGUUUUGGUACUUAGUAUCAGCAAUACCAUUUUAUGGUAUUUCAUAAUAUUUUUAUGUUUUGGAUUUCAUAAUGAUUGAUAAAGAAGAUGAAUAUUAAUUGGUUAAUUUUAUUUUAAGUUUUAAAACGUAAUUUAAAAAAUUAAAUAUAGGAUGUUCUUCAUUACUUAAGGAGUAAUGAAAGCAUUAAUAGGUUAUUUUAUGCUUUAUACAUGCACAACUAUGAAUUAUAUUGAUAAUACUUACAAAGAAGAUUGCACAAGAAAAGGGCCAGGAGCUAGUAUAGAAGUUUUUUCAGAAGUCAUUGGAUAGGGUGCUGAAGUAGUUCUUAUAUGGGUUGCCUUUUUUCUUUUGGGAUGUUCUAAAUAAAAAGGAAAACCUAUUUUUUAAUAUGAUGAUACUCCUUAAUUGUAGGAAGGAUGUUUUGAAAGAGGAGGUCGUUUAAAGUACUUUAUGAUAUGGGAUUUCUUUGCCUUAGGAGCAAGCAUAGGAUUAUUUUGGUUAGUUUAUUUGACAUAAGAUUCUAGACCUAAUUUUGAUAAUUCUGGAGAUUUUGUAAUUUAAAAUAUGAUAAAAAUAGAUAUACUUUACUGAAAUAUGUUAUGGAAUGUUAAGUUUUCCAUUUUUAAUUUUUAAUGUACCUUUUGUUAAUGGAAGAUUGACAAAGGCCAAAGCUACUGCAUAUGAUAGAAAAGGUAAUUGUAUACCAGCAAUUGAUGGAUUAAGAAAAAACAUAAAGACUAAUUAAGAGGAGUAAACAAAUCUGUUGUUGAAUACUUUGACAAUUGAUGUUGGAGAAGUAUUUGAUGGUUGA